GCGUCAGGAUGACGUACUUCCUCUAAGUAUCGGCUCCGGGGAAAACAACAUCGAAACGACCCCAGCCUCAAGCGAAAAACACCAAAUAUUGUGCGUCUUUACCAACUGUUACCAACUGCGACGCAUUCACCUUAACGCUUAACUCCAGCAACACAAAAUGCCCCAGAACGAGCACAUUGAGUUACACCGCAAGCGGCAUGGCUACCGCCUGGACCACCAUGAAAAGAAAAGGAAGAAGGAGAGCCGUGAGGCCCAUGAGCGGUCCCACAAAGCCAGGAAACUGAUUGGGUUGAAGGCCAAACUAUACCACAAACAGAGACAUGCGGAGAAGAUCCAGAUGAAGAAGACCAUCAAAAUGCAUGAACAGAGGAAGACCAAGCAGAAGAACGAUGAUAAGACCCCAGAGGGAGCAGUGCCGGCCUACCUGUUGGACAGAGAGGGACAGUCCCGUGCUAAGGUCCUCUCCAACAUGAUCAAACAGAAGAGAAAAGAGAAGGCUGGGAAAUGGGAGGUGCCGCUGCCAAAGGUGCGUGCCCAGGGAGAGACAGAAGUGCUCAAAGUCAUCAGAACUGGAAAGAGGCAAAAGAAAGCCUGGAAGAGAAUGGUCACCAAAGUUUGCUUCGUCGGCGACGGCUUCACCCGCAAACCUCCCAAAUAUGAGCGUUUCAUCAGACCUAUGGGUUUGCGUUUUAAGAAGGCUCACGUCACACAUCCAGAGCUGAAGGCCACUUUCUGCCUGCCCAUCCUCGGCGUGAAGAAGAACCCCUCCUCGCCGCUCUACACAUCUCUGGGAGUCAUCACAAAAGGAACGGUCGUCGAGGUCAAUGUCAGCGAGCUGGGAUUGGUUACACAAGGAGGAAAGGUUAUCUGGGGUAAAUAUGCCCAGGUGACAAAUAACCCAGAGAACGACGGCUGCAUUAACGCAGUGCUGCUGGUAUAAGACUCUUGACCUUUAAACAGACUGUGCCUGAUAACUCUAAAUAAUACAACAAAGAGCAAGAGGAUGCAACACAUCAAUGGGCUUCAAAUCACAAGACCGUCUGGAAGAUCACUGAUGCUGCACUUGGCAACUCAACAGUUUUUGUAACAGGAAGAAAAUGUGGUGAUUACUUUGUUAAAUGUGAUAUAAAUAAACUUGAUAUGACAUCAGA